GCCGGGCGGGGUCCGCCUCUCGGCGUGGGGGGCGCGGGGCGCGGAGAGCUGAGCUGCGCGCUGGGCUUGGGGCGCGCAUCUUCCACCACCGGUGAGCGCGGGCUGAGGUUCUCCCGGCCUCGCCUCGUUGCGCCCGGCCUGCCCGCCUCCGGAGCCGCCUCUGCCCACGGAUGGGCUGGGGAAGUUGGGAGGAGCGAGCCGGAGCCCGCGCAGGGCGCGCCCAGCUGCUGCCUGACUUGGCGCCCGCAGUCCGGGCGCAGCGCGCCAGCCGCAGGAGCGCGGAUGCCCCCCGGAGCCGCGGGCUGGCAGGUUUGGGGUCCUGAGGCUGCCAGCGGAUUAUGGGUACCACGGCCAGCACAGCCCAGCAGACGGUUUCGGCGGGUGCCCCCUUCGAGGGCCUCCAGGGUGGCGGCACGAUGGACGGUCAGCACUCGCUCAGUGUCCACUCCUUCCAGACCACAGGCUUGCACAACAGUAAGGCCAAGUCCAUCAUCCCCAACAAAGUGGCCCCCGUCGUGAUCACGUACAACUGCAAGGAGGAGUUCCAGAUCCAUGAGGAGCUGCUCAAGGCCCAUUACACGCUGGGCCGACUCUCAGAUGCCACCCCUGAGCACUACCUGGUGCAGGGACGCUACUUCCUGGUGCGGGACGUUGCGGAGAAGAUGGAUGUACUGGGCACUGUGCGGAGCUGCGGGGCCCCCAACUUCCGGCAGGUGCGAGGUGGGCUCCCCGUGUUUGGCAUGGGACAGCCCAGCCUCUCUGGAUUCAGGCGGGUCCUCCAGAAACUCCAGAAGGAUGGACACAGGGAGUGCAUCAUCUUCUGUGUGCGGGAGGAGCCCGUGCUGUUUCUGCGCGCUGAGGAAGACUUUGUGCCCUACACACCGCGAGAUAAGCAGAAUCUUCACGAGAACCUCCAGGGCCUGGGACCUGGGAUCCAGGCAGAGAGCUUAGAGCUGGCCAUCCGGAAAGAGAUCCACGACUUUGCCCAGCUGAGUGAGAACACGUACCACGUGUACCACAACAUCGACCACCUGCUGGGGGAGCCCCACGCCGUGGCCGUCCGGGGCGAGGACGAUGUGCACGUGACCGAGGAGGUGUACAAGCGGCCCCUCUUCCUGCAGCCCACCUACAGGUACCACCGCCUGCCCCUGCCAGAGCAAGGGGCCCCCCUGGAAGCCCAGUUUGAUGCCUUCGUGAAUGUCCUCCGGGAAACCCCCGGUCUGCUGCUGCUCCGAGAUGCCCACGGGCCUCCCCCUGCUCUCCUCUUCAGCUGCCAGACAGGCAUGGGCAGGACCAACCUGGGAAUGACCCUGGGUACCCUCGUCCUGUUUCACCAGAGCGGGGCUGCCUCGAGGCCGGAUGCUGUCCCCCUGCAGACCAAGCCACUGCCCCUGGAGCAGCUCCAGCUGAUCCAGAGCUUUCUUCACAUGGUGCCUCAGGGGAGAAAGAUGGUGGACGAGGUGGACAGAGCCAUCACCACCUGUGCCGAGCUGCAUGACCUGAAGGAGGUCGUCUUGGAACACCAGAGGACGCUGGAAGGCCCCCGGCCAGAGACCCCAGCCCAGGGAAGCUGCAGCCAGCACGGUGUCCGGCAGAGGGCGCUGCAGAGCCUGGAGCGAUACUUCUACCUGGUCCUGUUUAACUACUAUCUCUACGAGCAGUACCCGCUGGCCUUUGCCCUCAGUUUCAGCCGCUGGCUCUGUGCCCAUCCCGAGCUGUACCGCCUGCCUGUGACACUGAGCUCAGCGGGGCCUGUGGCCCCCGGGGACCUCAUCGCUAAGGGCUCUCUGGGGGCGGAUGACCUCAUCUCCCCAGAUGCGCUCAGCACCAUCAGAGAGAUGGACGUGGCCAACUUCCGGCGGGUGCCCCGCAUGCCCAUCUACGGCACAGCCCAGCCCAGCGCCAAGGCCCUGGGGAGUAUCCUGGCCUACCUGACUGAUGCCAAGAGGAAGCUACGGCAGGUCGUGUGGGUCAAUCUGAGGGAGGAGGCUGUGCUGGAGUGUGAUGGACACACCCACAGCCUGCGGUGGCCUGGGCCGCCCAUGGCCUCCGACCAGCUUGAGAACCUGGAGUCCCAGCUGAAGGCCCACCUGAGUCUGCCUCUCCCAGGCACGGGGGGGCCACCGACCCGCAGGUUCCAGACAUGCCUCACCAUGAAGGAGGUCUUCACCCAGCACUGUGGGGCCUACCCUGGCCUCACUUACCACCGCAUCCCGCUGCCCGACUUCUGCGCCCCCUGCGAACAGGAUUUUGACCGACUGCUCGAGGCUCUGCGGGCUGCCCUCGCCAAGGACCCGGGCACCGGCUUCGUGUUCAGCUGCCUCAGUGGCCAGGGCCGGACCACGACCGCAAUGGUGGUGGCUGUGCUCGCCUUCUGGCACAUCCAGGGCUUCCCCGAGGUGGGCGAGGAGGAGCUCGUGAGUGUGCCUGAUGCCAAGUUCACCAAGGGCGAGUUUGAGGUGGUGAUGAAGGUGGUGCAGCUGCUGCCUGACGGGCACCGCGUGAAGAAGGAGGUGGAUGCGGCCCUGGACACCGUCAGUGAGACCAUGACGCCCAUGCACUACCACCUGCGGGAGAUCAUCAUCUGUACCUACCGCCAGGUUUCAUCCGUGUUCCAGCACAGAUCAUUAACUUCAUUCCUUUUCGUGACUAACAUUCUAUUGUAUGGAUACAUCACAUUCUGUUUUUGGUGUCAUGCCUCAUCUAAGGUCAUGAGAAUUUACCUCUAAGAGGUAAGUAGAUUUCUUCUAAGAUUUUACAGUUGUGACUCCUUAUGUUUAGUCUUUGAUUCAUCUUGAGUUAAUUUUCAUAUAUGGUGUGAGGUAGAGAUCCAACUUCAUUCUCUUGCAUGUAGAUACCCAGUUGUCCCAGCACAUGUGUUGAAAAGACAGUUCUUUCCCCAUUGAAUUGUUUAGGCGCCUCUAAGAAAAUCCAUUGACUGUAAAUAUAAGGGCUUAUUUCUGAGCUUUCAAUCCUGUUCCAUUGAUCUGUCUAUUCUAUGCCAGUACUAUACUGUCUUAAUUACCAUAGUAUUGUAGUGGAUUUUGAAAUUAGGAAAUGAAUUCUCCAAGUAUGGCUUCUUUUUCAGAACUUAUUUUGGCUAUUCUGAGUCCCUCGUAUUUCCAAAUGAAUUUUAGGAUUAGCUUGCUAAUUUCUGAGAGAAAAAAAAAGCCAACUGAGAUUUUGAUAAGGAUUUUGACGCAGAUCAAUUUGGGGAGUGUUGCCAUCUUUUGAUGCGUGAACAUAAGAUGUCUUUCCAUUUAUGUAGGACUUCUUUGAUUUUUUACAAGGUAUUUUAUAGUUUUCAGAGUGUGAGUUCUAUGCUUUUUAUAUUGAAUUUAUUUGUAAGUAGCUUAUUGUCUUUAUGGUAUUAUAAAUGGAGUUAAUUUCUCAGUUUCAUUUUUUAGUUUGUUCACUGUUACUAUAUAGUGAUACAGUUGAUAUUUGUAUAUUGAUCUUCUAUCUUGCAACCUUGCUAAACUAAUUGAUUAGUUUUAAUACUUUCUUUAGUGAAUUUCUUAGAAUUUUUUGUUUACAAGAUCAUGUUGUAUGCAAAUAGAGAUAGUUUUGCUUCUUCCUUUCUAAUUUGGAUGCCUUUUGUUUAAUCUUCUUGCUUCAUUGCCCUGGCUAGAUCCUCCAGUGGAAUGUUAAGUAAAAGUGGCUAGUGCAGACAUCCUUGUCUUGUUCCUGAUCUUAGGGGGAAAGCUCUCAGCCUUUCACAUUAAAUCUGAUGUUAAGUGUGGCUUUUUUGUAGAUACUCUUUGUCAGCUUGAGAAAGUUCCCUUCCAUUCUUAGUUUAUUGAGUGUUGUUUUUUUUUUUUUCAGGAGGAGAUGUUGAAUGUUGUUAAAUGCUUUUUCCAUGUCUGUUGAGAUGAUUAUCGUGGUUUUUGCCCUUUAUUGUAUUGACGUGAUAUGUCAUUUUAAUUGAACUUUAGGUGUUAAACCAACCUUGCAUUCUGGGAUAAAUCCUAUGCGGUCAUAGUGUGUGUCUUUUUACGUUGGUAGAUUUGGUUUGUUGAGGAUUUUUGCAUUGGACUCAUAAGAGAUCUUGGUCUCUUAUGUCUUUGUUCGGUUUGCCAUUAGGGUCCUGCUGGCCUCACAGAAUGUGACUGUCUCACUUUUGCAGAUGAGACCGAAACCUCGAGAAGGGAGAGGCCAUCAUAUGAGCAUUAGUCAGCUGAGGCUGCCACAGCAAAAUACCACAACCACAUGGCUUAAACAACAGAAAUUUAUUUUCUCAUAUUGUGGAGGCUGGAAAGUCCAAGAUGAAGGUUCUGACCGGUUUGUUUCCAGUGAGCACUCUCGUCCUGCUUGCAUAUGGCCGCCUCCUCACCGUGUCCUCCUGUGUGGACUUUCCUGGGUGCCUGGAUGUGGACAGAUAGUGGGGAGGGAGAGAAAGAGGAAAGGGGCUGUCUGGUAUCUUUUCUUAGAAGGAUACUAAUCUUAGAGGUCCUGAAACUACUGGUAGAGAACAAAGAAAGAGCUAAAAGCAACCUCAGGCCCAGCAGCUGGGAUUUCACAAGCCAGUUUAAGAAAGGCCUUUCUAGGGUUUCCAUUAUAGAACCUUGCUAAAUGUGCCCAUUUGAGAGAAAGGAGGGAAGGAAGGAAAGAAAGAAGCAAAAAUUAAAAAAACUACUGUCUACGUGGUUGGCAUUUCAUAAAAGAAAGGCUAUUUUAGUACCAGGAAAGUAGAAUAGACGUGAUCUCGGAGUAGAGAAGAGUUCUUGAAUAGAUUUAUGUUUCUAAGUUCCUAUGGACCGUGAAACCGAUUAUGGACCCAGAUUUGGGAAUCACAGCUUUUAAUGACCAGGUUGCUAUGUCGUUUAGCCAGAAAGGCAGAAUGUCUUUCCUCCAAGGUCACCCUGUACUUGACCUGGCCUGGCUAGACCCGGAGCGUGUGUCCUGCCUGAUGUCAGGAUGGCCUGAGCUGCCCCAGCCGCCUUGGGAUUAGAAGGGGCCUCCGGCCUGCUCCAUGCAUGCAUGUGUAUAGACUCUGGAAUGGCUGCAUUGUUCUGGGCUGACUGGCAGAAGGAAUGUGAAUGUAGGAGUUGGAGGAGCCUGGGUUCCAACAGCAGUCUUCAUCCUCUCUGACUGCCUGUGUCCCCACCUGCCAGGCCGGACCAAUACUGCUUCCUGGCAGGGCUGUGUGUGGGAAGGACACCAGGGACCGGAAGGAAGUACAGGGCUGACACACGACAGGUGUUCAACUAAUGGGAGAGCUCUGAGGAUCACUGUAGGACCAGAGUGUCCUGUGACGUCCCUGUAGCUUCAGAAUCCCCACGGAGACCGUCAGAUUUUAGUGCUAAGGGACUGACAGAGCAUCGUCCCCUCUGUUGACAGAUGAGCUAGAGAGCGGGUUGUCUGGGGUCCCACGUGCGUUGGUGUCAGAGCGGGGCUGAGAGGCAAAGAUUCUCACUCCCGGCCCCCAGCCUCGAAAAGGUGUUUCAUACCGCCCAGCACCUGGUCCUUGUUUAGAUUUUCCGUGGGAGAUUUUAGGUUUCACUAAGCCUUUUUGUGGUUGGAUCAGGAUCCCAAGAAGAGCCACAGAUCCCAUGUGGCUGAUGUGGCCCGUGGAGUCUAGAGCUUCCCCCUCCUCUUCCCCUGAAGCGUCACCCCAGAGGUAAGCGUCACCCCUGAAGUGUCCCCCCGGGCUGCUUACUUGGCAUCUGCCGUCCGGACCUGGCUAGUUGCACGCCUGGCUUUAAGUGAACUGCGUCAUAGCUCCUCGCUUCCUGUCCAUGGGCAGAGCCGGCGGUGUGAUCAGAUCCGGCUUGGUAUUUGGCCGGCAUGGUCACGGGGGAUGCUGUGGGCUGCCACGGGGCUACAGAAAGCCCCGUGGUCUCUUUUGUGACCUGGCAGCUGCUGGUGCUUGUCCCCUGGAUUCUUUAUUUCACUGAGGUUUUGCAAAAUGCUGAGAGGCUGGCUCUCUCCUUCCCUCUCCAUUAAUGAACUGCAGUCAUUCCAGAAAGAUACGUCCCGCCGAGGUGUGGUGGAGGCAGGAAGGCAGGGCCAGAGCUUGGUUUUUCACUUGGCUUGCUCGUGUGCAAAGGAGGUGCUUCUCUAAAGCCGAGGGGAAGGAUGUAGGGUUUGGUGAGCCCUCGGGUUGCUCCAGACUCGGGUGAACCUGGAGUCUGUGAUGAGGGGCGGGUGGCCAGGGUGGCCUGGGAGAAGGAAGACAGAGGGGCUCCUGAGGGGAGGCUGGGAGUUGCUAGAGGCCAGUGCUGGAGGCCAGGGGACCCAGCCCCCACACGUCCCAACUCGGAAACAGCGUGGGAGGUGCUCCCAUGAGGCUGGCUGUACAUUUUCUCGUCCACGGUCUGGCUCAGCCCUUACUCUGUGUCUGUGCUUGAGGAAGGGCCGGCUGUACCAUCACAUCCGUGUUUACAUUUGAGCAAGGGAGGCCCUGGGCUUGCCCAAGAACCCACCACUGGUGGAUGGCAGGAGGAGAGCGAGACCUCAGUCCCAGACCCCCAGAUCGGGCCUCUCCGCCAGGCCGCCCUGCUGCCCGAGUUGGAGGAGGCAGGCUCACCUCCCCCCCACCUCAAGCCCUGCUGCUGGGGGCGAACAUCAGAGCUAGAAGCCAUGAUCCGUGGCUUGUGUUCCCAGCCUGAGAAGGCCAGAGGACAAGAGCACGUUGCAGACUCGGGCCACAGGCACGGGGGAGAUGGGACCAAAGCCACACGCACAUUCUCCACAGAGACAGGCCUUCCGUGGUACGACUGCCUUGGCCCCCCUCUCUGCCUGGGCCUGUCCCAGGCUCCCUGGCCUCUGCAGGUUGCAGCCCAGCACUGCGUCCUCCACUCUCUAGAGCGUCAGUGAGACCGAGUGGGGGCCUGAUCAACCCUACGUAUGUGAGGGGGCCAGAAUGCUCAGGGCAUUUCAAAAACCACCGCAAAAGGCAAAAGGAAAGAGAAAGCUCUUUGAACUAAGCCACUCUGUGAGGUUGCGAUAGAGGUGACAAGGCUGGGCCCCAGGCUGAAGAGAAGGCUGGGCCCCAGGCUGAGGAGAAUCCGGGAUGGCCACCAGCCCACGGUGGGGACACCAUCUGGUGAAUUAGUUGUUUCCUGCUGGGUCUGCAAAGGGAAAAAUAUCUGUGACAGAAACCAAGGUCAGGGCUCCUGGAGGAAGUCCUGCUAGAAUCAUAAAUGCCAGGGGCCUUUUCCUUAGCCUUGGCCGGUGACGUUAAUUCUUAGUGUUCUGUGUUUAAAACAGUCUUAUGUGUCUACCCGACUGUCCCUUCAGAAAGAGUUUGAAGAAAAACGGAGAUAAAAGUAGCCACACAGAGAGAAAUAAAAUGUCCUUUGGUCUCGAACUGAGAUUUCAUCUAUAAAUCUCUAACUCUGAGCAGUGCUUUUUGUGUUUUCUAAGACCUUACUCUUUUUGUCUCCGUUGGUCCUCAGAGCAGCUGGUAAGGAGGGGAUGGUAGGUUUUACGAGGCCAUUGUAUUGAGGAAGACACUGAGGCCUAAUGACACCGUGAUCAGCUAGAGGCAGGACCAGAACCUAUCUCCCAACUCCUCGGCCUGUGUUCCUUUCCUCCCCGAUGGCCAUGACCCAGGGGGCACUUUUGUUGUGGUGGAAAAAGGAAGGGGCAGGUGAGGAAGCCACCAGGCCCUACCGCACAGGCCCCCCUGGGUUGAUGCAGAGUUGCCAAAAGGUCAGAGGUUCAGCUCGGUGCCCCCAAAGACUAAGGGUAUUAUCUUCAGAAAAAUACAGAGUGAGACAGCUCCAGCUCUGAGCCCCAGGUGGGGUCCUUCUCCAUCUCUCCAUGACUCUGGCUUGGCCACAGUCGUUCCCUGGAGACCUCAUUCCAGUAGGUAAUGUGUCUCCAGGGCCCCGGCUGUGCAAUUAGAGCAGCCCUGGAAUGCUGCGAGCGUCACAUAAAAUAUGAUGGAAGGAGAGGGCUGCUUCCCGAGGCUCUUUCACACCCAGCCCAAGAUAGAGCCGGUGGGUGGGUGAGCGGCUGCUCGCACAGUGUGUGUGUUGUGUACGUGCAUGUGCGUGCACGUGUGCUGCGUGCAUGUGUGUGGUGUGUGUGUCAUGUGCAUGCAUGUGUGCACGUGUGUGUCGUGUGCAUGUAUAUGUGUUUACGCACAUGCAUGUGUGUCCUGUGCAUGCCUGUGUGUGUGCGUGUGUUGCACACACGCACAUGCGUGCAUAUGUGUGUAUGUGUAGGGCACGUGUUCUCAGCAGCUGUGGGCUCUCUUGCUUUCUCCUCCUUCCCACUGUGUGGCUGAGCCGGAGCAGUCUCCGCCCUCCAGGGGGACUUCCUGCUUUACCCUGCAGCAAACAUGCCCUGAGCACCUCCGUGAGCCGGGCUUGUCCUAAGUGUGCAUGCACCAUCAGGCUUGGAACUUUCAGUGGUUCCAGAGAGGUCUCGAUCUCAGCCUGUACACGCCCCAUCAAGGAGAGCCUGCCCUUGUGCUCGCUGCUGACCCUGUUAGCUUGUGGUUGUCACGGGGGGGGAUUCUGCUGCUCAUGUCUCCACGGCUGGGCCAGAGCUCAUCUCUGAAACGCUGACUCCCAGACCUUGCCUUGCACAAGUAGGGCUCCACAGACAUCUGUCUAGUGAGCAGACGAAUGGGUGGAAGGUUGAAUAAGUCAUCAUUUGAUUAAAUAGGCAAACUAACUGCUACCCUUCCUUAUACCUUUUUGUUUUUUGUCCACAUUGUUGGUCUGCCAGGAGAGGGUGCUCUUCUCCAGCCUCCCAAAAAUGCCCAGGGUCUGAGCUGGAAACCCCGGAGUUCAAGCGGGGCUCUGCUAGGAACUUCCCGCACAACCCUGGGUGAAUUGCUUUGGCCUGCCUGGGCCUCUCCUUUCCCAUCUGUCACCUGGGUCACGGUUGCUUCUCCACCUGCCUGGAAGGGUGGCGGUGAGCACAGCCUGGGUACAAGCUGAAGUGGGAUUGGGGUGUGUAGGGUGUGGUGGGCAGGGGGCUGGGAAACCUGGCCAACUUGCUAGCUUAUGUGCAAGGCAGUGGGCUCCUGAGGACCAUGUCUUGGCACCGAAUCCCAGAGCCAGGCCUAGCGGUAAAUGAUGUUUCUGGAAUGAACGGCACACAGAGAAGCCUGUGGUGCCAAGUUUAGUCCUUUCCUGCUUUGAAAGUACUGAAUAAAACGUGUUCUUUGGGGGCGCCUGAGUGGCUCAGACAGUUAAGUGUCUGCCGUCGGCUCAGGUCAUGAUCCCGGGGUCCUGGGAUCGGGCCCGUGUCAGGCUCUCUGCUCAGUGGGGAGCCUGCUUCUCCCCCUGCUUGUGCUUUCUCUCUCUCUUAAAUAAAUACAAUCUUAAAAAAAAAAUGUUUUCUUUGGAAAACUGGCUAACUUGUCUAUGGGCCAAGGGGCAUUUUCUUUGGAAAACCGGCUACUUGUCUAUGGGCCAAGGGGCAUUUUCUCUCUUCUGGGGACUAGGGACAGAAAGCUUCCUUGUGCUUGAGGACAGGCCUGAGUUCAGGCCUGAGGCCAGAGUUUGCAUGGACUCAUAGAAAGCCCCUGGAAGUGGCUGGCACUGAGUGCUUGGGGCCAAUGUCUGACGAGGGGUGGGUGGCACUGAACUUUGAGAAGGAUGGUGGGGUCGGCGCUCUAGGACCUCGCCCUUAGAGACCAGCCAUCUUUGAGGGCUGUCAGCUGCCUGCCCAGCUGGAUGGCAGAGACCCCAGGCCAUCCAUGCUCAUUCCUAUUGAGUGGGUCAGGGAAAGGGCAGCAGGCAGACUCCAAUAACGGGGGUGUUGUCUGGCUUGGAUUGACUCGGGCCCUGAGCCUGGCCUCCCUGGCUCUUCUUGUUUCUCUCCUUGGGCUCUGUUUGCCCAUGGCCUGGGCUGCGUGCAGCUCUCCAUGUGACCCCGGCAGGUCAGUUCUCCUCUUCGACCUCGGUCUCCCCUUCUGGAAAGCAGAAGGGUUGAUGUAGGUAACCCCAGGCAGUCCGUGAGGCAGGGUUUAAUAAAAAUGGGAGGUGGAAGUAUCCGUAAGUCUCCGAUUCGGCAGAUGUUUCUUGUACGCCUCCUGGGGGCCAGGCACUGGGCUGGUUCUGAAGAUGCCUUAUGAACAGCACAGGGAACUUCCUGCCCUUGUGGAACUCGCUACUCCAGGGAGGGAGACACACAAGGAACAAGACGCAAGUGAAAGUCACGUGUCAGGUCGUGAUCUGUCUGUGGGGUCCGGGGUUGCAGGUUUACAUGGGUUCUGGGUCAGGAAGGGGCUUGAUGAACAGGUGGCGUUUGAAUACAGACCUGAGGGGGUGAGUGGGGGAGCCAUGCUGACAUCCAGACCGAGGGAUACGGCAAGUGCAAAGGCCCUGAGGUGAGGGCUUGCUGGUAUGUUUGAGGGGCAGGAGAGGAGGUCAGAGGUUACAGGGGCAGGGGGCAGGGGGAUGGGGCCUGCUCCGGGAUUGCUGGGAUGAUUACACAGAUGUCAGCUUCUACUCUGAGUGCCAGUGAGGGUCUGUACAGUGGGUUGAGCAGAGGAGCCAACUUAAGGUUCUGGCAGGCUCACUCUGGGGCUCUGUUGGGAAUAGGCUGCAGGAGUGGGGUGAGGGGGGCUGGGGAGGCCAGUCAGGCGCUGUCACUGAGGUGGCCUGAGGGGGUAAGAGGCGAGCAGCAGCUGGGAGUGUUUGGAGUCGUGGGCGAGAUGCCCUGACUGCUUGGAUGUGGGGCUGAGAAGGGGCGAAGUUAGGGAGGGACGCCAGGUUUUGGCCUGAGCAGCAGGAAGGAUGGACAUUAAGAGGGGCGCACAUGGGGACCACUGGGCUUUGGGGUUGUUCAGGAGAUUCGCCUGGGCCCUGCUUCGUGAGUUUGAGAAGCUGGAGCGAUACCUACCUGGAGUCCUCAAGCAUGGCAGCAUGCUUGGAGCUCCAUUCAGCAUGGAGUCUGGAUUCCCGGGGGUGGAGGCGUGCACGUGGGGUCCCCGGUGUCCUGUCCGGACUCUAGAUUCCUGAUGGCGUUGGAGGCAUGAGACCGGCUGAGCUGGUCUGGGGAGUCAGUGCUCAUCCACUGGCUGGGUACCUGCUAGAUGCCCAGUGACAUCGACAUUCAGGGUGGUGGGGAACAGGGAAGAUGUAAACCUCGUUAUAAUCUGGUGCCCACCCCCAGGCUUGUUUUCCACACUGAUCAUUCCUUGGGGAGCAGAGGAGCUGGAGGGAUGAGUGAAGCAGGGCCUUUCCAGGCAGGAGGAAGGCAGGGGGUUAAGGUAUAGAGGCAGGGGUGAAGCAGGGGGUGUUUGAGCUUGAUGAUGGCGAAAGGGCCCAAGGCGGUCAGAGUUUGGUGUUUGGAAUAUGUGUCCCAGCUGGGAACUCUGACAUUGGGCAGUUACUCAGCCUUGUCCAGCCCCAUCUGCAAAAUGGGUGCCCAUCUCGGAGACGUUUUAGGAUCUAAUACUCAGCUCUGGGUGUGACACGCUCAGCCUGGCAGGUGCAGAUGGGAGACCCCAGACACACCUGGGGAGGUGCAUCAGCCCUGACUCAGUGGGUCUCCUCCACGUGGCGCAGGAAAGGGCAAAGCUUCCAGAGAGCCAUUGCUGGCAAUGUUGGGCCCACAUGGACACCGGCUGACCGUAGGCCUCAGAGAGCCGAAAUGCCCAGCACCCUGGCCACCGUUCCUAGGCCCCUUCUAUUUUAAGGCUCAGUCCCAAUGGAUGAGGAAGCCUUGUCCAGCUCCACCGCAGCUAAUGACAGCCUGGCCUGCCAGGCCAUUUAAAAACAGCUCCACUAUUUUUAUCAACAGGAGGAGACUGGCCUAGCCUCCUCCCCAGACAGUGCCCACAUAGGGUGAUUUUAAGGAAACUGGGGCCUUGAUAGAAAGAUGGGUCAUUGUCUCAAAUCACAGACUAUGAUCGCACAGGAUGUGCCCACGGAAUCUUCUGGAGGGUGUCAGGUGUCACCUUAACUUGCGGUCCAAAUUUAGAGCUAAUUCUACCCUACCUUGCCAGUGGGGCUCGGAAGGAAUCCCUCAGCCUGUCCACCCUGAAUAAAGCCUUCACCCUGGCUGCAGAGUCCCCGGGGAGCGUCUCAGGCCCCUGACACGUGGGCCUGUGCCUCGCAGGCUCUGCUCUGAGGGGUCUGGGCUGGGGCCCCGGAGUGCACGUGCCAGGGUGGCAGGCUGGGCUAGAGGAGGGAGUGGGCUUCCACAGUUGGCUGCCAGCCCGGGUCCCCACCUGCUGGGCACCGUCCUCAGUCUCUGUGCCGCCCCACGGGCUGCUUGCUCUCUCCACGCCGAGCCCCGCUGGCCUGGAGGCCCAGCCACAUCCCACAGUCUCUGGGAAGCCUGUCUCUGGUCACGUACGAUCCCUUCUCUCCCCGGCACGUCACCUUGUACCAUUCUAGAAGGCGCUCAGGAUGGCUUGUUAAAAACACCAAUGCCCCCCGAGCCAGCACAUCUCUUUCUUCCCUCAGCCGCUGUGUCGUUUGUUGUGCCCCAGCUCUGGCGGCCUUUCUAGGAGCUCUUCCAGCCUUGGGGAGGGUGGGGCCUGGGCUGGAGCCGGAGGGCUGCAUUCACCCCCUUCUGCCCCUGAUCCUGAGCCGUUUGAGAAAUGGGCAAGGAAGUCCGUUAAGGACCAGUCGGGGUCAGAGGCCAAGAUGGGGGUCCCCCUCCCAAGAAGAGGGGCUCUUACCUGCCUGUGAGCCUCUGGAGGCCGCAGAGCCCCGGCCACGGCGGCCGAGGGGAGGCCGUGCUGCGCCUGCAGUCAGAGCCCAGAUGGCUUGGCCUUGCCGUCCGUUGGUCUCCCCUGUAACCUGAGCCGUGGCCAUGCCUUCUCGAAUCCCUGGCUCCUGUCCCAGCCCCAGUGCUGUGCGUGUGUCUCUGUGUCCAUGGUGUGGUGUGUCCGUGCGUGGGGAGGACAGACCCCGCACCGACCCCCAGCCCGUGCCAUCGUC